AUGUAUCCAACACCCUACGAGCCUGUGAAAGAGCCCGUAUGGCCCAUGACACACUCGAUGGAAGACAGCAGUAGCAGCAGCAUGCAGAUGUGCCGCGUGACGUGCCGAUCUGCUGCAGUCGGUGUCCUCGGUCUCCUGUGGGUCAUCACGACUGCCUCGGCCUGUCCGGAGAAAUGUUGGUGUACUAUUGGCGGGUGGGCUAGCUGUGCCGAAAAGGGAUUCAAAGACGUUCCCGCCAACAUACCAUUGGAGACAACUAUUCUUUACCUGCAGUCCAACAGCAUCCAGAACCUGACUGAUGCGUCUUUCUCAGCUCUCACCAGCCUGGAACGGCUUCAUCUGCAAAGUAAUGGCAUCCGUAUUCUACCUGGCGUAGUCUUCUCACAUCUCGCCAUCCUGGAGUGGCUUUAUCUGCAGAACAACGACAUCAGCGUUCUCCCUGACGGAGUCUUCUCAAAUCUCACCAGCCUGGUGGGGCUUUAUCUACAGAACAACGACAUCAGCGUUCUCCCUGACGGAGUCUUCUCACAUCUCACCAGCCUGGUGGCGCUUUAUCUACAGAACAACGACAUCAGCGUUCUCCCUGACGGAGUCUUCUCACAUCUCACCAGUCUGAGGUGGCUUUAUCUGCAGAACAACAACAUCAGCGUUCUCCCUGACGGAGUCUUCUCACAUCUCACCAGCCUGGAGGGGCUUUAUCUGCAGAACAACAACAUCCGCGUUCUCCCUGACGGAGUCUUCUCACAUCUCACCAGCCUGAGGCGGCUUUAUCUGCAGAACAACGACAUCAGCGUUCUCCCUGACGGUGUCUUCUCACAUCUCACCAGCCUGAAGGUGCUUUAUCUGGAGAACAACAACAUCCGCGUUCUCCCUGACGAAGUCUUUUCACAUCUCACCAGCCUGGAGGAGCUUGCUCUGCAGAACAACAACAUCAGCGUUCUCCCUGACGGAGUCUUCUCACAUCUCGUCAGCCUGGAGGAGCUUUAUCUCCAGAACAACGAUAUACAGAAUCUAACCAACGAGAUAUUUUCAACUCAAACUAGCGUUCAAAUACUGGACCUGUCUAACAAUCGCAUCGAGAUUCUUCCAGCCACAGUUUUCUCCAAUCUUACCAGGCUGACCAAGUUAAACCUGUCUAGCAAUAGCAUACAGAUGCUGCCUGCUGGCAUCACAAGUCUUCCUCCUCUGAUGACCCUUGCUAUAUAUGGGAACCCCUGGCGGUGUGACUGUAUAUUGCAGGGUCAAAUGACUUUGGUAAGUCUGCGUAAUACAAUUCAUGGGAACCCUACCUGUAGCUCCCCUAGUCACAUGGAAGGUGUCGCAUUGGAACACGUCGGGACAAACACGGUGUGUCACGGCCGCGGUUACUGCGCUCCGGCAGAGGGUACCUGUGAUUGCAAAGACGGCUGGACUGGCCCAUACUGUGGCAAAGAGAUCUGCUGUGACAGUGCCAUACGGAUAUUGAACGGCCAAGUCAAUGGGAACGACAGCUACUGCUAUGGAAACGCCGUCCAGUUUUCUUGUGACACCGGAUAUGAGCUUGUCGGCAACUCCGAAUCCUUCGCGAUCUGCCAAGACAGAGGAUGGGACCGAAACUUUCCGACUUGCCAACUACCUGAACAGCAGAGUCAAUCGCCCUUGGAAGCCAUCAUCGCCGCCGGUAGCAGUGCCGGUAUCAUCGCAGCGCUGAUCGUGGCAGCUGUCGUCUUAACGGUCUUCCUAAGACGGAGGAGGAAGGAAAGAGAAGACAGCCCAGUACAGAUCGACUCCUUUCUACCAGAUGAUGUAAUAAUCCACAACAGAAGACUGCAAGAGUUAGCGGCGGUCCCGCUGGUUCCUAUUCGGCCAGAGUUGCCGGGGUUUGAGGUCGACCCCAGCCGGGUGACGCUUGGAGAGAGGAUCGGUAGCGGGGCGUUCGGCUUCGCUUACCGGGCAACCCUGACAACUGGCGACGAGACGGAGGAUGUCGUCGUCAAAACUUUGAAACACAACGCCAGUGAGGAAGACCGGCUGAGUUUUCUGCAGGAGAUCCGUGCAGUGGUGGAGCUGGGGGUUCAAGACAACGUUCUGGGUCUGGUCGCAUGCUGCACGGUGGUACGAGACCAUCUGUAUCUCAUCACGGAGUUCAUGCCGUACGGGGACCUGAAGAACUUCUUAAGGAAAUGCCGACAGGAAGAGAUAUAUGACCAACCUCGGGACGACAUCUACAACUUCGAGGUGAAACAGAUGUACCAGGUGGCCCGGCAGAUCGCUAGAGGCAUGGAUCACAUCUCCCGGUCCCGUUACAUCCACGGUGACCUGGCGGCCCGGAACGUGCUGGUCGGUGAGGAGCUGAAGGUGAAGAUCUCCGACUUCGGGCUGGCAGACGACAUCUACACCCGAGGGUACCGUCGGCAGGACCGGCUCCAGAGGGUGCCCUGGAAGUGGAUGGCGCCGGAGCGGCUGGAGGAUGGGAAAGCCUACACCUCACAGAGCGAUGUGUGGUCCUUCGGGAUAGUGCUGUACGAGAUCAGUACGCUAGGGGGCGAGCCUUACCCUGACGUGGCAAUAGCCCAUCUGAAAGAUCGCCUGCAGGCUGGAUUCAGGAUGGCCAAACCGGAGGGCUGCCCUCCUGGCAUGUACGAUCUGAUGCUGCAGUGUUGGCGUUGGCAGCCCUCCGAGCGGCCGUCCUUCCGCAUCUUGGAGCUCGACCUGGACAAGCAACUGGCCUUCUACGGACCCGAGUACGCUAUAACAGCCCCCGCCACUGAAACAGCACCCAAACAUACAGCAGUUUGA